AUGGGUAGUGUAUUGGAGGCAACAAUAAUCCAUCAUGUGUGCAUAGUGCUGAUUUUGCUAUGGUUACUUAAUUCAUUCAAGUGUUGCCACCCAGUUGCCUACUUUCUUUCCAUCAUCUAUCUCUAUCUGGUCCAUGAGUUGUAUGAGACGAGAUUGAGAAGGAAACUGCAGUUUGAGGAGAGAAGACAAUCCAAUCAAAGAAGGGUGCUCUCGGAUUCGGAAACUGUGAGGUGGUUGAACCAUGCUAUUGAAAAGAUCUGGCUUGUCUGCAUGGAAGAAAUAGUUUCUCAGAAAAUUCUUCUCCCAAUUGUUCCAUGGUUCUUGCAAAAAUAUAAACCUUGGACUGUGAAGGAUGCUGCAGUUCAGCAUUUGUACUUGGGAAGAUCCCCGCCUAUAUUCACUGAAAUGAGGGUGCUUCCGGAAUCCAGUGGUGAUGAUCACUUGGUAUUGGAAUUGGGAAUGAAUUUUCGUACUGCAGAUGAUAUGAGUGCAAUUAUUGCAGUGAAACUGAGGAAAACAUUGGGAUUAGGGAUGCGUGCAAAGUUGCAUUUGUUAGGCAUGCAUGUUGAAGGAAAGGUCUUGAUUGGGGUGAAAUUCCUUCCCUAUUGGCCCUUUCUUGGGCGUUUGCGGGUAUGCUUUGCCGAGCCACCAUAUUUUCAGAUGACUGUGAAGCCUAUAUUCUCUCACGGCCUUGAUGUUACAGAACUUCCUGGGAUAGCUGGAUGGAUAGAUAAUAUUCUGGCCCUUGCCUUCGAGCAAACUCUGGUGCAGCCCAAUAUGCUGGUGGUUGAUGUUGAAAAAUUUGCUUCACCUCAACAAGGAAAUUGGUUCUCAGUUGAUGCCAAGGAGCCUAUUGCCUAUGCCAUAGUGGAAAUUCUUGAAGGAGCUGACAUGAAGCCAUCAGACUUAAAUGGGUUGGCUGAUCCAUAUGUGAAGGGACAGAUUGGCCCUUACAGAUUUCGGACUAAGACUCAGAAGAAAAAUUUAUCUCCAAAAUGGUAUGAGGAAUUCAAGAUCCCUAUCAGUACAUGGGAAUCGCCAAAUUUGCUCAUUAUUGAAGUUCGUGACAAGGACCGUUUAUUUGACGACCUAUUGGGAAAAUGUUCUGUAAACAUCAAUGAUCUUAAGGAUGGCCAGAGGCGUGACAUGUGGUUGUCCCUUGAGAACAUAAAAAUGGGAAGAUUGCAUCUUGCAGUAACUGUGUCCAAAGGCGAUACUAAGGGUGCAGAAAAUGCAUGUAAUAUAGAAGGUAUUGACAAUGAGCUAAAGGAAAAUUCAGUCACAGCUGAUGGUUCUCAGAGAGGCUCCUCAUUUAGAUUAUCUGAGAAAUCCCCGAAAGUUGCAGACAAGUUUGAGCCGAUUAACAUUGAAGGGCAACGAGAGACUGGGAUUUGGGUUCAUCAGCCAGGUAGUGAGGUAGCACAAGUAUGGGAGCCACGGAAGGGGAAGAGUAGGCACCUUGAAACUCAUCACCUCGAUGGACAAGUUCAGGCUGAGGGUGGUGAUCCAAUUGGCUCUCGAGCAUCGACCUCUAGUAGCACUGAUGAAAGUAUGGAUUGUAAUAAACCUCAUUCAAUAAAUCCAUUUCGUAAAGGCUUACGAAAGCUCAGCUCGGUGUUCCAUAGGAGCCCACGAACCCCACAAACUGAGGAGAAAUCCAAGAGUCUCAUUGAGCCUGAACAUGUACGAUCUCCAGACGCUAAUAUUAGGGCGUUAAAUAACAAGGAAAUUAGUGUGAAAUGGAUAGUGGAUGAUACCAUUGCUACUCCAUAUUCUGCAAAGGCUCCAAAAGAUGAUGAAAGAGAGAAUAGGGAACGAAAUGAGCCAGAGAGCCCACGACAAGGGAAUGCGAAGGAUAUGGCCAAGGGCAUUUUGAAGAAUGCUGGAAAAAGCUUGAAAUACGUACUUUCCCGGAAAGAAACAAGGAAGUCUAGAACUGACUCGGUAUCGACACCAUCAGAUAAUGACACUGCUUCGCAGUAUGAUUCUUCUGACGAAUCGUCUCUUCCAUCAACAACAGAUGCCACACUUGGGGUUACUGGUUUAGUUAUUCCAGGUUCGGUUGUUUCUAGUGCUACAUCUCGUGACAAUAACUCUUUCAAGACUGAGGACAAUAUCAAUCAGACUAAUGCCCGUUCUGGUACUAAUUCUUUCAAGUCUAAUGAUGAUAUUGUUCAGACUCGAAAUGAGCCUACAAUAAAUAGUAUGGAACAGAAAACCAAAGUCGUUCCAGAAGGAAAUGAGCCUACACUAAAUAAUAAUGAAAUGAAAACCAAAGUCAUACCAGGAGAUUCCGUGACGAUAAACUGA